AUGCUUAAAAGGCGACGGGUCUUCUCGGUGGAGCCGCUUUGGAAUCGCGAUGGAGCCUGGAAGCCAUUAGAGAGCUCUGUGGUGCUGACUUCAAUCAGCAUGUACCGGAAUCUACAAGACCCUCAGUCUCCCAGGGAGGGCUCCCUCAAGUUGGAGCUGGAUGGCAAGAAAAGCAGUGAGAUGGACAGAUGGGGUGAGGCUGGGUCGCCGACAGAGCUUGUUCCCCACAAGGGUUUGAACCACCAGCUGGGCUUCAUACCCACCAGUGGGAGGCUCUUGAAGUCUGAAUCGGAGGACUCUGGUGUGGAAAUGGCCAGCGGCGAUCACUCCCCCUCCACUCCUGUGGAUUCCGAAAAGAGCUUUACCUUGGACUGUGUGGAUGGCUUCCAGCCUUUGGCGAAGGACUCUGCCACUGUGGUAUCCCACGACAGCAGCCCCGAAGCGGAAGAGCGAGCGGAACCAGAUCCUGGCCAAGAUCGACCCUAUCACCGGAACCUGUCUGUCAGCAAGAAACUAGCCCAGGUUGUACAGCGAUCACAGAAACACCGUUUGCCUGGUCGGUCAUCGAGACAGCUCAACCAGAGGCCCCGCAGCCUCCUGGACUUGGAGAGGCUGAAGACUUAUUGCCCACAGCGGCCUGCGAGUAUUGAUGAUGAUGAUGAUGUGGGAGCUUCUUGUGGAGGGUAUGGUAGCACCACCUCUGUCUGCAACAGUCCUGCAGAACACCACGUGGAAUCUGUGGUACAGGAUGAGCCUUCACUUACCAUGCCUGGACAGGGCUUGAGGUACUUGGAGCACAUCUGCCAGAUGAUGGAGAAAAUCGCCCAAUUGCAGAGGGCCAACCAGCGGCUCCAGUAUCAGCAUCAGAUCAUGGAGUGCCGACUGCGAGCUCAGGAAUCUGAGAAUGAUGGCCUUUCUGAAGAAACUCCUGAAGAGCUGAGGCUGACAAGGGCAGAACCUCCACUUGGGAGUCAAGCAGCUACUGAGAUGGAGGAAAGUCCCCAUUCACCAAAUCCCUAUUAUCCCCAUCAUUUCCGGGCACGCUCUGCCUCCGACACGCAUGUGGUGCUGAGCCCCGUCCAUCACUCAGAGAGCAGACCUGACAGGUCUGGGAAGACUGCAGCAUACUUCUCCAGCUCGCCCAGCUUGUUGGAUCAACAAGACGGAGGCUCCUGUACUUUGCCGCCAGGCAUGAAGCUCAAGAAUGAACACUCACACUGGGGCAAAGUCAAAGUGCUGAUAAACAGAAUUAAAAGAAAGUCUGUGCGGGCCAAUGAGCAGAUCCCAUUCGGCGAGGCUGCCCCCAGCAGCAGACGGUCUAGAGCGGAUGAUGUAUCGGACAAACAGGAACUUCAGCCCAGGAGGCGUUUUCUGCCUACUCUCGGGGCAAAGAAACGCCAAUCAAAACACCUUCCCAUGCGGUGAGACCAAGCAGAUACGCAACGUUAUGAGCCCCAGCUGAGGAACCUUUCCUCCUCCUGUUGAACGUAAAUCCCCUGCAGCAAGACAGAAAUGUGGAGAGUGUCUUGCUAAUAAGAAUUCAGAAAUGAGAGCCCUACCUUCUGAGAUUAUAGAUGGAUAGGCUUGGACUCGGCAGUCUUUCCUUGGCAGGAGCCAAAAAGAGUUCACAUGUCCCAUGGUACAAGAAGAUUCUCUUUGGCCUAGUGCAGGAGAAACACUGGUUCCCUACAAACUAUAUCAGAAGUGGGCUCUCUGUGUUCCUCCUUCCUCUAUCAAGAACAAUUUCCACUCUUCCUUUCCAUCAGUCAUUGUACCUAUGAAAAUCCUGGUCAACAAAAACCAUGGGUUAAAUGGGUUUGCAAAGCCUGGGAAUGCAGGAAUCUACUUUCGAUAUAUAACAAUGCAAACAACAUGAAUAUGAAAUUUGCUCCCAACUCGUAUACCAGUUAGCGAGGGAGCCAGCACUACGUCAGCACUGAGUCUUUGGGCCAGACUACAUGAGAAAGUUUUACCGAGUUGGGUCCAGAUUUCCCAGACCUGACUCUUCAGCUAGACAGCAGCUGUGGGGAACAUCCAUAUAAAAUUGCAGGGCCCAAUUUGGCUUGGAGACACAGUGGGAGAGGGAAGAAGGGCUCCUGCCUUCCCCCCUGCUAUUUUCCGGAGUCACAAUGAUGGCAGAGGGGAGUUAUCCCCCCCCCCCCUUGCAUCUGCACGUGCAGUUCCAAGAGAGGAAUCGACGCAGCUUGUGAAAUGUCUUGCGUAGUUUGGCCCUUAGUAUUAGAACAAACCAAUUCCACUCUUUUCCCCUCUGUGCUUUGGGACAGGCUACUCUGAGGCUGGUCCUCAACCUAGUAUUAGGUCUGGUCCAUACCCCCCCCCCACACCAUUCACUUGGCAUUUUCUGUACUGUAUGGGUUUUGUACCUUUCCCAUUAUCAUGUUACACUGAGAUUUGAUGCUGCUUUCUUAUUGACUUGUAGGGCUGUGAACAUAUAAGGCUUUUAUGUGAGCUGUACACAGGCAAGCAGCUCAGAGGGGAAAUGAGAUAACUCCCCCUCUUUCUUCCUCUCCACCAGGAAAUCCCUAUGUUGCAGAAUGUGAAAUAACUUAUUGGUUGUGCCCAUCAUAUUUCUUUUUCUUGUUAAACAGGCGAUUGACAGUCCUGAUCUUUUCUUUGUGUAUGUAACCAUGUGAGUUCUGUAUAUUUAUGACCUAAUGAUCACAUGUAUUGUGUAUAUA